AUGUCUUGGUUAACAAUCUUCACUAGUUUUGUUGUUUUAUCAUCAUUAAUUAUUGCUGAUGAUCCAUGUCGAUAUCAACAUCCUACAAAAGGUGUGCUUGAUUUAACUUCAUUAGGUCGAACUGAUGGAAAACCUGCAUAUCCUGAUAAAAUAUCAUCCACAGGAUCUGGCUAUAAAUAUAGUUAUAAUCCAUGUAAACCAUUUACCGAAGAACCGAAUUGUAUAGGAGUAGCUGUUUGUCAAAUUUCUAUGGAUGGACAACUUACCUUUACUCUUGGUACACAAGAUAGUGCAAAAUGGAAUCCAGGAGAUGGUUUAGGUAGUUCGCCUUCAAUAUCCUAUUCAGCUGGUGAAAAAAAGGUCACUGUUAUAUUACAAUGUGCAACUGAUGAUACCAAUGAAUUUGAAGCUUUAGGUGAACCUUCAAUAAAUAAUUAUAGAUUUAUUUUAACAAACAAAUGUGCUUGUUGGGAUGGAUGUGCUACUUCGCCGACAACAACAACAACAACAACAACCCUACCACCGCCACCACCACAACGCAAUUGUUCGAUAAAUGAUUCUGUCUACUCAUCGGAUAAACAAAUUAUUCAAUCUUUUCCUUUUCAUGUCUCUAUUAAUCCAUCUCAACCUCAGCCGUCACCUUCUAGUGCUAGUUACGCUCUAAAACGUGUUCUUAUUAUUGGAGCUGGCUGUGCUGGUAUGUCCUAUGCCAAUCAACUUGCUCAACAUACAAAGAAAUUUGAUGUAACUCUAAUUGAUUCAAUUGAUCGAUGUGUUGAACAAGCAUUCUCAAUUCCUGUUGAUAAAGAAAAGUACGGUGCUACAUAG